AUGGGAGCCUGUGGGCAGCUUCGGACAGCAGUCGAGGAGAGUAUGGAGCCUCCGUGUUACAAGAGGCACCCAACACUGUUGGAGAAGCCCCGGAUGAGGCAGGAACCUCACGGUGAAGAAAAUGACAAAUACUGGUGCAGACGACUGAUUAUUAGGCCAUGUGUCAAGAUUGUGGAGAACAGAGGGUCAAAAAGCAAGAAGGAAGGGCGGAUGUCCAUCAGGGACCAUCCUGCCCUGCUUAGCUUCAUAGUGACCAUGAGGAACCUCACAGUGGAGGAUGAAGGCACAUACUGGUGCGGGAUUGCUCUAAAAUGGCUCAAAGAUGGAGCAUAUCCGUUUGAUCCUGCCUUCCAGGCGGUGGUGUCUGUGUCCCCAGGUGAGCCCCUGCCCCACAGCAGCACCAGGGCUGCCAGAACAAGCUCAGGUCAGAAUGGCUGGGGCAGGUCUCAGGUCAGAGACUUGAGGAGAACUAUGCGUGCGUGUGUGUUUGUGAGUGUGUGUGUGAGUAUCUGUGUGUGUAAGACAGAGGGAGAGAGAGAGAGAAGUCCCAAGAGCAAUCUGCCUUCAACAUCAAGCACACCUACAAGUACCACGACUUCCACAACCACAACCGAAGGUCCACCUGUGCUGUCCACCACACUGACCACAGCGGGUGCCACCCACAGCACGAGCAGCCAGGAGAACUCCAAACAGAGCCAGAGCCUAAGGCAAGGUGCCCCAGUUCCCAUGACCUGGAGGUGGGCCUUCUCGGUCUGGGCUGCCUCCCCGAUGGUCGAUGGUCAUCCAAACAUGGCCUAGAUGAGGGUGGCACUCACAUCCCUGCAGUUGGAAUCUCUCAGCUCCCUCUGUCCCAGGCCAGGUUGGACGCCCCAGGCUCUGUAUUCCAGCUUGUGUAGCUGAGGCCACACUGGACCUGCACUGGACUUCCAGAGAGGGCUCAGGCCAGGGAGAAGUUUGAAUUGGGGUGGAAGGAAUUACAUUUAGUGAGAGGUGAUGACAUCCUACCUGGCCCAUGCUAGGCGUGUUACAUGAGUGUUCUCAUUUGCUCCUCACUGCCACCUGCAGAGUUAUUAUCCUCAUUUUACAGAUGAGUAAACCGAGGCUCAGAGAGGCUGAGCGAUUUGCCCAGGUGCACAGCUCCAAGAGGCAGGGCUGGGCUUCCAACUCAGGUUUAUGUGACUCCAAAGUCUUGGAUUCUUCCCUCUAAACCGUUGUUGGUCUUAGUUGCCAUUGAGUUCAUACCUACUAAUGGCGACCCCACGUGUGCAGAGUAGAGCUGUGAACCUUCAGAAUCAGAUCACCAGGCCUGUCUUCUGAGGUGCCCCUGGGUGGGUUCGAACUUCCAACCUUUCAGCCAGUAAAUAGUUGAGCACUUAACUGUUCGCACCACCCGGGGGCUUUUCUCUAAACAAGUGGCUCUUAACCUUUUUGGGGUCACCAACCCCAGGGAGAAUCUGAAAAAAUCUGUAGACUCUCUUCCUCUAAAAAUGCCAGUGGUUAUCAACCAUUUCUGGGACCCACGGAUGCUGAAGCCCUUCCCUAGGCUUCCUGCCAACCAGGAGGUACAGUCUUAACAUCAGACAUGGUGAAAGUCAGGCCCCAAACACGCCACUUCCAGACAUUGACCCUGCAGAUAUUCACACACAGGAAAAGCUAGGUUUUAUGGGGCCUGAAGCCUGUACAAUUUAGGGGGGCAUCUUUAAUAAAAAGAUUAGAAAAUAAUUAAUACAAAUUUAGGUAUGAAAGAAGAAGCCCAAUCCUAACACAAAAAAAAAGACCAGAUUUACUGGCCUAAAGGAGACUGGAGAAACCCCGAGAGU